GGGCAACAAAGUGAACGACGCUCGAAAGCAGUUACUUGAAAGUCUGUAUUCUGUCGUCUUCUCCAGUUCACUAGAAUAGUUUGGAGCUCAAACUAUGUCAAGAGAGAAAAGGAGAUAUUUUAGUGAAGAUGAAGAUGGGAGAGCUCGCAAAAGAAGAAGAACUACUGAAACUGUGGAUAUUGAAGACCGGUUAGAAUCCCUCAUUACACGUGUUGGAGAAAAGAGUACUUCAUCACUUGAAAGUAAUCUGGAAGGUCUUGCUAAUGUGCUCGAAGCUGAUUUGCCAAAUUAUAAAGAACGUAUCUUGAAGAUUAUUUGUACUUGUGCUACAAAUCUACCUGAGAAAAUCACUAUAUACAGCACACUUGUUGGACUUUUAAAUGCAAAGAGUUAUAACUGUGGAGAGGAGUUCUUAGAUAUGAUUUUGGAAAACCUGAAGGAAGUUCUGAUUGCUGCUCAGUUUGAUAGAGCCAGAUUAAUGGUGCGGUUUCUUGCUGAUCUUGUUAACUGCAGAGUUCUCAUGCAUAGUGGACUGCUGGAGUUUUUUGAUAAGUUCCUGGCUGCUACUAUGGAGGACAAUGUUCUACAGGCCCGGUCUGACUGGUUUGUGUACACAGUACUAUCUUCAUUGCCAUGGGCUGCCAAAGAACUCUCUGAGAAGAAGAGUCAGGAAUUUGAACGAUUGUUGUCAACAAUUGAAAGCUACAUAAGUCAGAGACAGAAGACUCACAUUCCUGCCUUGCAAGUGUGGUCAUCUGAUGAGCCUCAUCCUCAAGAAGAGUACCUUGAUUGCCUAUGGGCACAAAUUAAGAAGCUCGAAUCAGAUAACUGGCAGGAGAAGCACAUCAGGAGACCUUAUCUGGCUUUUGAUGAUGUUUUGGGAGAUGCCUUACAGCACACCCUUCCUUCCUUCACACUUCCACCAGAGAAGGAUGGCACUGUUUACCCACUUCCAUCUGUAGUUUAUAGAAUGUUUGAUUACACUGAUGUACCAGAAGGUCCAUCUAUGCCAGGAGCUCAUGCAAUUGAAAGAUAUCUAAUAGAGGAGGGUAUUCGAAGAACAAUUUAUGCUCAUUUCAAGGACAGAAAGGAAUGUGCAAAUCAGCUUAUAAAUUUACCUGGAAAGUCAAAAGUGCCUAUUCAUUACUGUGUCAUUGAGGUGAUCUUUUCAGAAAUGUUCAGACUUCCAACAUCAUAUCAUAGUCAAGUAUUCUAUGCAUCUUUGAUUAUGGAACUGUGCAAACUGAAGUCAGACGUAAUCCCAGGCAUUGUUGCCCAGGCAACAGAAUUAUUGUAUGAGAGGUUAGAUACCAUGAACUCAACUUGCAUAGAAAGAUUUGUCUGUUGGCUUUCGCAUCAUCUCAGCAACUUCCAGUUUAAAUGGAGUUGGGAUGAAUGGGUAUCAGCAACAGACGCUGGAUUAGAGACACCAAGAUGUGCGUUCUUAAACGAACUUUUUGAAAGAAUUCGAAGGCUAUCUUACCAUCAGUUCCUGGUUGAGAACAUCCCUUGCGGAUUACAUGGCCUCCUCCCGGCCGUACCUACACCCAACUACAGAUACUCAGAUGAGGAAGGCAAGUUAGCAGGACAAGACAAAGCGAAAGAGCUUAUAGACGCGAUCAGAGCCAAGAAAGAUGUCGAUCAUCUUCAGACUAUUUUAAACAGCAUACCAGCCAAUGCAACUGGUCAGGAAGAUGAGAAUUCUGAUGCUCCAGUAAUCGACUACACUUUUCCAGUAUUACGUCUGGAGGUCUUGCUUCAAGUUGUGCUCAAACUUGGUUCUAAGUCUUUAAGUCAUUCAUUCAGUGCUCUGACAAGGUUUCAUAAGUUGUUAAAAAAUGUAAUCGUGAACGAAGAAGCUCAGAUCCAUUGUUUGAAGAUUUUGCACGAGUUUUGGUCAUCAAAUCAUCAGAUCGUUGUGGUGCUGGUAGAUAAGUUGGUUCGUAUGCAGAUCACUGACUGUUCGGCAGUUGUCAACUGGCUUUUUUCCAAGGACAUGAAGGAAAACUUCACAAGAUUAUAUGUGUGGGAAAUAAUGACGAGUACCUUGAAGAAAAUGAGCAAGCAUACCAAUAAGGUAUCAGGAGAAGUACAGGAAGCCAAGGAAAAGGUGGCAAAAUUGGAGGAGAAAGCGAAGAAACAGGCAGGAGAAGUGAAUGGAGAUUCAAACCUUGAACCUGGUGCAGCGGAAGAUUUAAAUAAAAAACAACAGCAGCUGGAAGAACUUACAGAAAAACUGGAAAAUGCGCAAAGAACGCAAAAGCAACUCUUCCUUAUUGUUUUCCAGCGUUUUAUAAUGAUCCUGACGGAGCAUAUUGUUCGUUCUGAGCAACAACAGACGGAUCUUAAUACUCAGUGGUUCAAGUACACAACAGAAAGACUCAGAGAAAUAUUAAUCACGAAUAAUAAUCAAGUGUUCCAGUACCUGAGCUCGCUCGAAACCUUGCUGUUCACAUCUGAUCUUGAUCCGCGCAUUUUAAACUUGUUCGAUCAUUUUAAAGCCUUAAGGUCGUAGAUGGAGGGAAGUUGUAACGCUAAAGUUAACGUUAAGAGUAGUUUACAAAUCACAAUUGUGGCAGAAAAUCCUAAAGCUCAUUCAUGAGGGUUCCGACUAACUCCGGAAGAGAACAAUUCGUUUUAUUUCCACCGAUGAUUUUUUCAAACUCUACUUUUUCCGCGUCACUCCAAUUCUUAGUAUUUUAUUCCCUGUAAUCAGGUAUUUUAAAGCGUAAUAGCUUUCAACAUAAAUUAUCGUUCAGUUGCGCGCGCAAUGCAAUCUUUCUCAAUCAGACCAGCAACUCAUAACCCAAUCCCUAUUAUCUGGAAAACAAGAGGCCUGUUGCGUACCAAUGAGUCCCUUCUAGUCGGUCCAAUAAACUCUGAGUUUUUAUGACCUUGUGGUAAAGUGGGAAAGUGCUAAAUUUUUAGUCAGAAUCUCAAAGAUUUGUUGUUGUUAACAUGGAUUUAGACAGAGCGAUUUUCAAUUGAUUGUCGAAAGUAAUUCGAGAUUACUUUGGUUUUGCCUUACCUCCCACUGUGAUCUGUCAAAAAGAUUCCUCCAUCUGAACUAAUCAAACGCAAAACUGAAAUUUGGUCAGCCGCGUUUUCCCCAUCCUUUUGACAGUUUGCCUGUUGUUACUAUAACUUAGAAUCCUCAUUGGCUCAUUAUGAUGAUGACAUUUAUUCUAAUUGGCUGUUUUGAUCUGUUUGGGUUUGGUUUUUUGAUAUUCAAUUAAAGACUUCUUUAACCUUCGGUGAAGAUUGAGGUGUGACUAUCAAACAGUGCGUAAACUGGGGACUCUCUUGUUUCCUCCACUUUUACCCGACCUUUUAAUAAACAAUAUUUAACUUGCUAAA